AUGAAGUGCAUUUGCAUUCUUCCUCUCAUCACCGCGACCCUAGUCGCCUCAUCAGUCUUACCAAGCAGAGACCUAACCGAGAGACAAGCCAAAAUGUGCAAAACCUUUCAAAUCUUCAGAGACCCAGACGCCAUCACUGGCGGCAGCCCCAGCUUCGUAGGCACGCCGCAAUACUGCUGCCAAAACGAGCAAUGUCACGUCAUCGACCGCGUCGGUGGCAUCAACACCUCGGCGAACUUGAACGACUUCCUCGCAGGCACUUUCAUCAUUGAGGAUGCCCGCGGUUAA